CCUCUCCGCCAUUCUCGCUUUUGGCUGCCCUUUUCCUGGUGGCUGCUCCAAACCAAGCCUCUGUGGCUGAGUACGGCAGCGCUUUGGGGACACAAAUAUUCCCACUUCUUUGGGCUUUGCUUUGUACUUCUUCGUUCCGAGGGCAAAUCUGGGCUGCAAAUAUUAGUGUCUCCACUGCGCUGCCUCCCAGGAGGUAGGAGGAGGCUGAGCCCGGCGCAGAGUUCGGGCUGACUGGGGCCUGGGCCCAGAGAGAAGCUGCCGCUGCCUGGAUGUUGCGAUGGCUGAUCGGGGGAGGCCGAGAACCUCAGGGACUGGCCGAGAAAUCUCCUUUACAGACAAUAGGUGAAGAACAAACCCAGAAUCCCUACACUGAACUGCUUGUACUGAAAGCUCAUCAUGAUAUUGUACGAUUUCUGGUACAGUUAGAUGAAUACAGAUUUGCAUCUGCUGGUGAUGAUGGAAUUGUAGUUGUGUGGAAUGCCCAGACAGGAGAAAAACUUCUGGAACUUAAUGGACACACUCAGAAGAUAACAGCUAUUAUUACAUUUCCUUCCUUGGAAGUUUGUGAAGAGAAGAAUCAACUGGUCUUGACAGCCUCUGCUGAUAGAACAGUUAUUGUAUGGGAUUGUGAUACUGGCAGACAAGUUCAGAAAGUAUCAUGCUUCCAGUCUACUGUAAAGUGCUUAAUUGUUCUUCAGAGACUAGAUGUUUGGCUCUCUGGUGGGAAUGACCUAUGUGUGUGGAACCGAAAAUUAGAUCUCCUAUGUAAGACCAACCACCUUUCUGAUACAGGGAUCAGUGCUUUGAUCGAAAUACCUAAGAACUGUGUUGUGGCAGCAGUUGGCAAAGAACUGAUAAUUUUCAGGCUGGUGGCACCUGCAGGAGAAUCACUAGAAUGGGAUAUUCUUGAAAUUAAACGCCUCCUUGAUCACCAGGAUAAUAUUCUCUCAUUGGUUAAUGUCAAUGAUUUGAGUUUUGUAACUGGCUCCCAUGUUGGAGAAAUGAUCAUCUGGAAUAUUCUGGACUGGACAGUGCAGGCCCGUGAAUGCAACUUCUGGGACCCAUCUCCACAGCUGGACACUCAGCAAGAAAUAAAACUCUGUCAAAAACCGAAUGACAUUUCUAUUCAUCACUUCACAUGGGAUGAAGAGAAUGUAUUUGCUGCAGUUGGAAGAGGCUUAUAUGUGUAUAACCUUCAAAUGAAGCGUGUGAUUGCUUGCCAGAAAACUGCCCACGACUCCAGUGUCCUGCACAUUGCCAAACUUCCAAACAGGCAGUUAAUCUCAUGCUCGGAAGAUGGCAGUGUACGCAUUUGGGAGUUAAGAGAAAAACAGCAGCUUGCAGCUGAACCUGCGCCAACAGGUUUUUUUAACAUGUGGGGAUUUGGAAGAGUAAACAAACAAGCCAGCCAACCUGUUAAAAAGCAACAGGAAAAUGCCACUACGUAUUCAUUGGAGCUUAUUGGAGAUUUGAUUGGACACUCCUCAUCUGUGGAGAUGUUUCUGUACUUUGAAGAUCAUGGACUAGUGACGUGCUCUGCUGAUCAUCUCAUUAUUUUGUGGAAAAAUGGAGAAAGAGAAUCUGGGUUGCGCAGUUUAAAGUUAUUUCAAAAAUUAGAGGAGAAUGGUGACUUAUAUCUCGCUGUCUAGGUGAAGGAAUAUGGGAUACUUGUGCAUGAACCUUGAAGAUGAAAUAUAGGGUAAUACUCAAA